UUUAUAUUUUUAACACAUUCUUAAUUCGCGGUUUUAAGGAGGCUUAGAAACACCCGGGGGCGGGGGGCAGAAUUCACCGUCGCACCAAAUAAACAUGGCCGCCUCCGCGCCGUCGGCCGUGUGUGAGAAUAAUGCGGAUGAUAACCUGAACCGUGCGAUGGACGCGGACGAGCUCUCGGUUGCAGAGCAUGAAGGCGAGCACAGCAAGGAACCCGGCCGAGAGACGGACGACCCUUUUAAGAAGCCGGCCCUGUUCGCGAGGCCGUCCAAAGCCGCCAAACGCAGCCCCGCCGCCGCGCCGUCCACAGCCGCAGCGGCCGAGGAGGAGGACGAGGAGGAGGAGGAGGACGAGGACGAGGAGGACGGUCGCGUUAAAGACAACAAUGUGGCGCCUGUCAAAAAGCCAGACGUUAAACCCCGCGUGCUUCCUGCUAAAGCCCCCUACCCCGUGGGGAAGUUCCCCCCUAUCCCGUACGCAGAGCCGCCCUGGGGUGGCGUGGGUCCGGACGUCCCCUACGCGCUGGAGAUCCUGAAGAACGGGACCAUCGUGGACACGGUGCCCCUCACCCACAAGAGCUACUUCGUGGUCGGACGUCUGCCCGUGUGUGACGUGUCUCUGGAGCACCCCUCCAUCUCCAGGUACCACGCCGUCCUCCAGCACCGCAGGCAGGCCGGGGGGGGGUCCGUGGGGGAGGAGAGGGGCUUCUACGUGCACGACCUGGGCAGCACGCACGGCACCGUGGUGAACAAGAACAAGAUCCCCCCGAAGACCUUCAUCCGGCUCCGCGUGGGACACGUCUUGAAGUUCGGGGGGAGCACGAGGCUUUUUAUUCUGCAGGGUCCAGAGUUUGACGAGGAAGAGGAGUCUGAGCUGACAGUGACAGAGUUGAGGGAGAAAGCCCGAAAACAGAAGGAAGAGCUGGAGAGGAGGAUGAUGGGAGACGGUUCUGAUGAUGAUGAUGAUGAUGGUGGUGGUGAUAAGGAGGAGAAGGAGGGAGACGGGCAAGGCGAAAGCAACAAGGGCCAGAGCAAACUGUCUGACUCUGGUUGCUCGUGGGGAAUGGAUGAGGAGGCUGUUCCGGAGGAGGACGAGAACGAGGAAAACCCUUUUUCAACAGAGUUCCAGGAGGACCAGGAGGCCGCCUACCUGAAAGACCCAAAGAAAGCUCUGCAGGGCUUCUACGACAGGGAGGGAGAAGAGCUUGAGUUUGAGUAUGAAGACCAAAGCCACGGCACCUGGCUCUGCAGGAUAAAGCUUCCGGUGGACGACGCCGUUGGCCGCCAGCUGGUCGCCGAGGCGACCCACACGGGGAAGAAGAAGGACGCAGCCAUCCAGUGCUGCCUAGAGGCCUGUCGAAUGCUGGAAGCCAGAGGGCUGCUCCGCCAGGAAGCAGUGUCCCGUAAGCGCAAGAAGAAGAACUGGGAAGACGAGGACUACUACGACAGCGAUGACGACACCUUCCUGGAUCGAACCGGCACCGUGGAGAAGAAGAGGCAGGAGAGAAUGAAAAAGGCGGGGAAGGUGGAGGAGCGGGCCGAGACCUACGAGUCACUGGUGGCCAAACUAUCAGAGGUGGAGAAGGAGUUGGCAGAGACUCAGAAAAAGCUCAGCGGUGGUAGGGGAGACUCCUCCGGCUCCUCCGCCGAAGACCCUCUGGAUGUCUUCAUGACCGCGGUGCAAAGCGAGGUGGCGAUGGACGCCGUGGAGCGCAGGAAGCUUCAUGUGCACGUGGCCAACCUGCGCAAGGACGCACAGAGGCUGCGCAAGCUGGUGGAGCUCACACGGCCCGCCCAGAUGCCCUCGCUGCUGCCGAGUGGUAGCUCAGAGCCAGAGAAGCCCAAGUCCUUACCGCUGUUUGGAGCCAUGAAGGGGGGAAGCAAAUUCAAACUGAAGACCGGCACCAUCGGGAAGUUGCCUCCAAAGCGCCCCAACUUGCCCGCAGAGCUCUUCAACAUGAAAGAGCUUCCACCCAGUGGAGAAGAAGAGGAGGAGGAGGAAGAAGAAGAGACUGCAGCAGAGGAAAAUGAGGAUAAUGAUGAUACAGAGUGUGCGACCAUUCCUGAGACUAACUCUGAAGAGUCCGGCUCGUCCAUGUCUAUAGAGAGCAGUCCGUCAGAGCAGCAAAGACGGAAACCAGCACGGUCAAAAGGGCCAAGCCACAAACGGAGGGGAGGGGAGGAGUCCUCUGAAGCAGUGGAGCAGGAUCCUGAGCUUAAGGAUGUGGCCUCACCGAGUCCAGAGUCUAAAGCGGGAGGCAACGGAGGGCCAGCAGCAGAGCCCAGCCCCAGAAAGAAUGAGAAGAAGAAAGUGAUGGGCCCUAGCAGGCCACCAAAGCAGCUCUCUGGACCGUAUCCAGAGGACGACCCCGAUUACUGCGUCUGGCUGCCUCCUACAGGUCAGUCUGGAGAUGGACGUACACACCUGAACGACAAGUACGGCUACUGAGGGAAAACGAGAGAGAGUUCCCGUGUCUCCACUCCACCAGCUUCUAUUCUGCAGAUAAUACCUGCAACACAAAGCCUCCGUAGCUCUGACCAUUAACCCUCUCUGCCCAUCCCAGUCCCUUUGUGUGGUUCAGCUUAGAAAGAAAAAAAAGCCUGGAAAAAAUGAAGAGCCUGUAACACAGACCAGAUAUAAUAGAGCUGCAUCUUUCAUUAUCUCUUUUUUGGGGGGGGAUAUAUUUGCAUUCUUAGACUGGGAUAAACAAAAAGCACAACGUUCUAAUUCACAUUAAACUGGCAAACUCUGGGCGCAGACACUGGGCAGUCAGCCUGCUGGCACUUUCCACCAAUGACAACAACAAUAGAAAUGGGCUGCACUUGGAUUUUUUUGUCCCUUUUUUUUUUUUCUUUUUAAUUAAAGUUUAGAAUUCUAUAUCAUCCAAGCAGAAAAAGGGAAAGGGACAGAGCUGGAGCACUAACUGAUCUGAAUUCUGCUUUCUGGUCUCUGGCUGCUCCUCCUGCAGUUAAAUCCACCUGACAUCCCAUCCGUAUCCCUCCUGUUUGGCUUCAAUCGAUCGCUGGCAUAACCUUUUUUUUUGGUUUUUCAAAAAAAAAGUGUUUGUAGCAGGGAGAGAGAGAGCGAGAGAGAGAGAGCAUUGAAGCAGCUUUUCUGACCAUCUGGACACUUGGAUGGCUUACUGGAUGAAACGCAAGCUGAUAAUGACUCAAGCUAAGUGGAGGGUGUGUCUACAACCGACACACACACACGUAGCACAACCUUCUCAAAGUUCUCUUUUUAACAAGAUUGUCUUCAUGAGUGAGUCAGCUAUUGGGGUGUUUGCCUAGAGCAGGAUUCCUCGCUCUGUGAAAUCCCACUCAGUGCUGUUCUGUUUGGUUUUUACAGCCGCACUCACCACCCUCUUCACUGUCGGGAAGGUAAAAGAAACUGUGUUUUGUUAUAUAAGUGUCAAAUAAAAUUGUCUGU